AAACCUGCGUCAGAACACCAACAGGAGAAAAGAUAAACAGGGUGGUCGUCGGGUAAAUCCAAAUUUGACUCGUCACUGAAACAACAUGAACGUGUUAAACACAAGGAGAAUUGUGAUGUUGGGAAAAACUGGAUCUGGGAAAAGCAGCCUGGCUAACACCAUAUUUGGAGAGGAACUGUUCACAAUCGGCGACAAUAGCGACUCUGAAACAAGUGAAUGUAAAGCAGAAACCAAAUCUGUCAACAGAAGAAGCAUCACUUUGAUCGACACUCCUGGUUUAUUUGACACAAAGAGAUCUGAGGAGGAGCUGAAGCGUGAGAUAGUGAGGUGUAUCACAGAGUGUGCUCCUGGUCCUCAUGCUUUUCUCAUUGUGCUUGAAGUGCACAAAUUCACAGAGCACGAGCAGGCUGUCAUCACAAAAAUAAACCAGUAUUUUUCUGAAGAAGUUUUAAGAUAUGCCACAGUAGUCUUUACUCAUGGUGACAAGCUCUGUGAAGGACAGAAAAUUAAGGAUUUUUUUCGGGCAAAAUCAGUUUGUGAGUGAUCUGAUGAAGAAGUGCGGUGGCCGCUGCCACGUCGUUGAUAAUAAAUACUGGAAGAACAACCAGCAGGAUGAAUACAGGAGUAACCAGUUCCAGGUGAAGGAGCUUCUUAACACAAUAGAGAAGAUGAUUGAGGCAAACGAAGGAAGCUGCUACACCAAUGAGAUGCUACAAGCAGUGGAGCGUGUAAAUCAACUAGAGGUGGAGGCCAUUAGACGGUCACCAGGAAACAUGUCAGAGGAAGAGAUCAGAGAGCAGGCUAAGGGCAACGUAUUUGAGAAGCUUUUGAUCAAAUUGGCAGGUACUGCAACAGGUAUAGUGUUAGGAGCUCUUUUUGGUGUAGGAGUGAGUGUUGGAACAGUUUUCAUAAUUAUAAGGAGGCUGAUAAGAUCAUUAGAAGAUACAAGCAAAACAGUAGCAGCAGCAGCAAACUUCGUAACAGCAGUACGAGAAAUAGCAGGAGCAGCAGGAGGACCAGCAUUAGUAGGAAGUGCAGCAAUUAUAUCUUUAGCGGCAUCUGCUGCAGUGGGAGGUGUUACAGGAUAUCGUGCAGCAAAGGGAGCAGACACACCACAGGAAGCAAUGGAAAUGGCAGCAGUGGCUGUCAAGGAUGGAGCACUAUGUCUUUUUGAUUCAGUACAUCAUGCUAUGAACAGACAAUUUGACCCAAAGGAUGUGCCAGAACGUACUUUGAGUACACAAAAACCAAACUGAGGUGGUUGUUUUUGGAGCCAAAGGGUUAAAAGUCAGCGCUCAACUUCAAUCGGCAAUGUUAAAAACAACAGACAAAGCCAGAAAUCUUGGUGUAGUCACGGACUCAGACCUAAAUUUCAACACCCACAUUAAGACAAUUACAAAGGCAGCAUAAACUUUGACUCUAUUACUGCAACAGUGUCUUUACAUGUCUCCCAAAAAAAUUAAACUUCUGCUCGAGUCCUCA